AUGGAAGAAGAAAGCCUCGAUUUCGUGAGGACGCACCAUCCUCUUCCUGAUGCAAUACAGUCGAUGUCGCUAGAAGAUACUGUCUGUAAAUACUGCGGCAUCUCGUACUUGAUCCAUCGAGAAGUCGCGAAGCUGAAGGAUGAAGUGGCCAGACUAAAUGCAGAGUUGGAGAAAACUGAAGCCGACAGAAAACUCUUUGUUGGAAUGAAAAUGAGCACAAACUCAUGUCCGAUAAAAGAACUUGCUGAAUCAGAGAAGAAGCGAACAAGAGCAGCUGUUGUUUUUAAAGACAAAAUCACGACUAUCCAAACUCAAUUCAUCGAGCCACUCAGAAAUGACAUUGACUGCUCAAAAACAUCCGCACAAAAAGAAAUCGACUUCUUGAAAGCUUUCGCAACAGAUGCUGUUCAUCAAAUUUCCAAGACGUUUCAAGAGCGGCAAGCAUAUCGCCACGAAGUCUCAUACGAAGAAACUGAAAGCUUGAAAAAAGAAUUUGCCCAGAACCUAGAAAAUGCCGAGAAUGAGCGAAAAAAUCUUUCAGAUCAGAUAAAUACCCUUCAAAAUAGACUUUCUGACAGUGAAAAUGCCCUGCAAAACUUGAAUUUGGACCGGGAGAAAGUUCAGAGAAAUUAUGAAGAGUCCACGUCCAAGUGUCUUCAACUAGAAGAAAAGCUGAACUCUGCGGAAAAGAAAAGCUCGAACCUGGACUCUCAAAUUCAAAAUUUCAUGCUCAAAAACAAAGAAUUGGAAGAAAAAGUGGCGGAUUCAACCGAAGAAGUCGGAAAACUAAACUCGGAAAUAAUCAAGCUGAAAAGAAGCACUCUACAAAACGAGGAAUUGACGAGAAUGGAGCUUGAUCAAACGAAGAAUCGAGCAUUUUACUUGGAAAACGAAAUGAGAAAUCUGCAAUUUGAGCUUUUGUCGAAAGAAGAUCUCUUGAGAAACUCAGUCCCAGUGGGUGACUUGAAAGAUUUGCAAGAAAAGAAUGAACGCUUGUUGCAAGAAAGUAGAAGUCUCCAAUCCUCUAUCAACAAUCAAAGCAGCCAAUUCGACGAGCUGAAGAAAUACUGCUCCGAAUUGGAAGAAUCGCAAAAGAAAACCAUCGAAAAACUGAAAGCCGAAAGCGAAUCGAAAAUAGCAUCUUUAGAGAAUCAGCUGUUCAAUCUAUCCAGCAGAAAUGUGGAUCAAAAUCGGAUCUACGACCUGGAAGAAGAAAUAAGCAUUGAACGGCAAAAGGCGAAGACAGCGAUGGAACUUGCGCGAAAAGAAAUAGCUGCGGUCGAGGAACGAUUCAGGGAAGUUUUGGAAGAAAAAGAGCAAAUUUUACAGAAGUCAAGGAGCAUCGCGCAAUCUAAUGAAGAUAAUCAAGACAAAAAUAUCGGAAAUCUUAAAGCGCAAAUGCUCCAGCUCACUAGAGACAAAGACAAGCUAGAAUCCUCUCUCAAAAAAGCAGAAGAACAAAUUUCAACGAUAAAAGAGGAUCAUUCUGCGUAUCUGGAGCAAAUGAAUCAAGGACAGAAAGCGACUGAAGAAAGAUUGGCAACACUUGAAGAAGAGAAUGGAAAACUUCUUGAAACCAUUCGAAAACAAAUAGGGACAGAGCAAAAGAUUAAUUAUUUCAUGAGGAUUUCAAACUUCAAAUACGAGCGAGCUGAUCUGCAAAGAACAAUCGAUGGAUUAAAAGAUCCGAACGCAGAAAAAGAAGUCAUUCUCCUCCCCGUCACAAGCAGACUCAAAGCCGCAUCCUUACCUCCUUUAGAAAAGCCAAGAUCGCGACAUGAACCGACUCGAGCAUGGCCCUCGAAUUCAGAAAUUUCUGGCGCCAGUGCGCCACCGGUAAAUCACCGGUCGAAUACUGGCAUCCAUUCUUCUAAUUCUGCGCCUCAAAUCAAGCCCCCUAAUUUGUCGAAAAAGUCUGAGCUGAAUCUGACAUCUAUUCGCCAUCGUCUCAAUGCCGCCAUGAAUCGUGGGAAAUCCUUCCGCUAA